AUGCAGCAGGCACCGCAGCCCCAGCUGGACGGCCUGGAUAACUUGGCGGACGCUCAAGACCGAUGGACGGGUCAUGUCACGCUGGUAACCGGUGCCAGCUCCGGUAUCGGUGCUGCCAUCUGUCGGGAGCUGGUGAAGCAGGGCAUGACGGUGGUCGGUUGCGCCAGAAACGACGAACGGAUCAAGGAGAUGGCCGCCGAGCUGCAGGGCUGCGCCGGCUCCUUGACGGCCAUGCGCUGCGAUCUCAGCCAGCUGGACCAGGUCGACGCUAUGUUCCGCACCAUCGAGCAACAGUUCGGCGGCGAGGAUGUCUUGAUCAACAAUGCCGACCUCAACUUCGGCCGCUGGCUGCUGGAUGGUUCGGCAGAGAAAUGGCGCGCCAUGCUGGACGUCAACGUGCUGGCGCUCGCGCACUGCGCUCAGCUGGCCGUCAACAACAUGGCCGCCUGCGAAGUUAGCGAGGCCCAGGUGAUCAACAUCUGCAGCCGCGCCGGACACUGCGUGGACGACUGGCCCGAUCUCCACUUCUGCACGGCGACCAAGUACGCCGUGACUGCGCUGACGGAGAGCCUGCGCCAGGAGGUGGCUGCUAAGAAGAUGCGGAUCAGGGUCGCGCAAAUCUCGCCCGGCCUUGUGAACACGGACAUUGCCAACCGCAUGUUAGCCGACAAGCAAGAGGCCUGA